GUAUAGACGCUCGGCACAGCCGCCCUACUUCUUAUUUACCCUCGUCUUACUGUGGGUGGGGUGGCCCUUGCUCCAUGCCUUCUGUGGCUUAGUGAGGCAGCAGAAGCUGUGGUCUUAAAACGCUGGCAGUCGCUUUAAGAGCACUGGAAGAAGAGGGAAAGCGGUGGACAUUUGGAAGACAAAAACCGAAGGAUCUAUCAAUGCACAUUUGAUAGAAAUACAGGAGCUUGUGGACUACACACAGCAGUGUUUUUGUAUAGGGAAGAGGUGGAGGAGGAUGUAAACAUGGACUUGGAAGUCAUUAUAACCCUGGUGGAGGGUUGAGCAGAGGCUCUGACUCACUCCUGGGCUUGGAGUCACUUACUUUUCCAUUACUCGCCCGAGUUCUCCUCUAUCAUUGGGUUUUGUAUGCAUUCAGAAAAAGCUGGUUCCUUGUUGAUUUUUAGCUUAAAGAAGGUUGCAUCCUGUUAGCAGACAAACAAAUUAAACAGUUAUCCUUCAGUUGAGCUUAUUGUUGUUGUAUUUAUGGCUAAACUGGACUUUAUAUGAUACAAAAUGGAGCAAAAGCAGGUUGGAUAUUCCAAGGUGAUACUUUGACUAUUUCAAGGCUUUUGAGAAUGACAUCUUUGAUACCACAUGAUACUGUUGCAUGAUCGCUGAAUGCAUUAGAUCAUUUUGCAUGAUCACUGAAUGUAUUUGACAUCGAUUUUUGUUUGAGGACUGCAUUACAUUUAAAAAAAAAUCCUGCCGAAGAUAAGAAAGGUGGAAUAAAACAUGGAUAUAAGUAAUGCUCACAAUCAGAAAGUUUUAGGAUAGGUGUUCUCCCAACCUCAGACUAACUCUAUUCUGGACAAACUCAGCACAAUGUUUGCUAUUUCUGGGAGCUCUGACUCCGAACAACUGGAGCGGGACAUCCUGACAUUCUUCCGGACACUCACAGGAGAACAAAACAGUGGAGUUGAUGGCACGGCCGACAGAGACACCGAGGUCAAUAGCCAUGUAUUCCUCAACAGCGAUCAUACGUAUGCAGAUGCUCUAAAACACAAUGAAGAAUCCCAUAAUCAUCUCGUCUUGCCCGUUGAUGGUAACAUAAUUAUGUACAAUGCUUUGAAUGAAAACCAUGGCCAGGAAACAAUGACUGAAGCAGGAGUUGGUUCAGUCCAACCAGAGGACAACAGUUAUCAGUUGAAUCUAUCAGAGGAGUUUGUUAAGGGAGGAGAGAGUGAACAAACCGCAGCAUUGAACAGACACAGCAGAACCGCUUCAUAUAUAGACGUAGAUAAAGAGACUGCUGACACAACAAAUCGGCCUGAACAGAACUGGGUUGAUCGAGGAGACCUCCUUUAUGAUGGAUUAAGUGGCCUCAUGAUUAUUCCCUAUGAAGACACACCUGAGGAGUGUCCGCUGGCAGCAGACUCUGUGGUCAAAUGUGUCGCAGACGGAUGCACUCAACCACGGUGUCCACACCUUCUGAAUGGCUUGGCAAAUACACACUUUCAAUCCACUCAAAGUGAGGACGACGCUGAGGAAGACAAACGACGAGAGCCAAAGGGCGGAGACCUUCUGAGCAAUGAAGAGAAGGACAUUUGUAAAAGUCUGUACGAAUCGAUGUCUGGCGUUUUGAUGCCAUUAGAUCCGAGCACUGAGCAGGCGGCCUUUGAACUUAAACUUUACCAAGCAUUGAGUGGUAGUUGGCGGUCCCCUUAUGGACCCUCUGAUCACUGGGAAGACACAGAUCCAAAUCUAACCGGGAUGGAAUCGAUUUACGAGGAAACUGUAACACCAGCGGACAUAUCAUCAGACCUCGAAAAAAGUGACCGCCGUCCCAAAACUACGCAUGAAGAGGAUCGGGAAAUCGUAACAGACAUAGAAGAAGGAGGUGGGGAGGAAGAUAUCCUUCCAGACAACAACGCUGCAACAGGGUUCAACGCUGACCUGUGUGAGCCUGUCAGCCAAGAGAGCACGGAGGCACCGAGUGGUGUCAUGUCGUCACCUGCUUUCCCACCGAGCAGCCCUCUGCCAGGGACCAGCACCACCACCAGGACAACCUUCUCCCCCAGCUCCCCUACCGACAAGCCCCUCCAGCUACCAGCCCUCUUCAGUGGCCUCAGAGUGUUUAGGAAGGGGGUGAUGGGGCCCGAGAACGACACCGUGGCCCAGAUCAAGUCCCUUCUCCAGGGAUCAAAGAAGGAGCUCGACCCCGAGGUGGAAAACAACCCAGAGGACACCAAGGUACAGAGGAGGGAAAGCAUUCUGGACCAUCUCUCCCAGUUGUUGAACCGGCGGGAGAACGGAGCAGAUAAGAAAGAGGAAGGAACUUACGAUAGGGCCGAUGAAUCAGAGCUCUUUACCAGAGAUUACAAACCAGUCAUAGAGGAGGAGAAGGAGACCGACGAGAUGGAAAGCAUUGGAGAGGACGACAUCAACCGCAUCACAGACCAGUCCGAAGAACCCACAGGGCUACAGGACAGUCCCAAGUCCCCCAUCUCUGGAGCAGAGGCCGCGUUUGACGCCUUCAAGGCUUUCUUCACCCCAAGGCCUCUGAGGAGAGACCCUUCAGAGAGGUUUGAUCUGAGGAAGAGGAUCAGAAGCGACAAAGAGGUGCUGAAGGGUCUCAUUGAAAGGAGCGCCAACAACACACCCGGGAAAGAAAGCCCUUCAGAUGGCAAAUCAGAGGCUGAUCCCCCGGGGGACGGGGAGGAGCGGACCCCCGGCCGGCUGCAGGCCAUCUGGCCCCCCCCCAGGGACGAGAAGGUGGGGCUGAAGUAUACGGAAGCAGAGCAUCAGGCUGCCCUUCUCCAGUUAAAGAGGGAAUGCAAAGAGGAAGAAGAGAAGUUGCAGGAGGACCACGGCCGCGCCCUGUCCAGGCUGAGGGAGGAGCACGAGGAGAACCUCGCCCUGGCCCGGCUGCACGCCCAGCGCACCCUGGCUGAGGCCCCCCGGCGCGGGGACCUCCGGGACGCCUGCGUCUCCACGGAGGACGAUGUCCCGCGCAAGGCCUUCCGCACGGUGUGCGUCCAGACGGACCGGGAGUCCUUCCUCCGAGCUCCGGACGGCGGCGGCGGCGGCGGGUGCCCCCAGCAGCAAAUGGCGCCCCCUAAAAGGCUUGACCUGGCCUCCAUCAGCCUCAGCCUGGUGGGACAGAGGGAGGACCACGCGCCUCGUGACGUGACUUUACCCUCACCAUCAUCGUCCUCAGCCUCAUCACCAUCAUCAUCGUCUAUAUCCCUCCUCCCGCCGCCACCUGCUCCUUCUGAACCCCCGCCUGUACCCGUCUCAACCCCCCCAGCCCUGCCGCUGUCCAAUGCCACUGCUCCACCACCUCCACCUCCACCUCCACCCCCACCUCCACCUAUGGCAGCUCCGGGCUUCCCACCGCCUCCUCCUCCGCCUCCUCUGGGGCUGGGGAGGGCAGUUGAUGGACCCCCAAGGAAGCCGGCGAUUGAGCCCACCGUCCCCAUGAAGCCUCUCUACUGGACUCGGAUCCAGAUCCAGGACAAAAAGAGUGACAGCCUAUGGGACUCCUUGGAGCCUCCCAGCCUGAUCAACAGCGGAGCCUUCGAGGACCUGUUUGCCAAGGGCACGACGCAGGCCAACAGGAAGCCACUGGCCGAGGCCUACGAGAAGAAAACCAAAGCCAGGAAGAUCGUGAAGCUGUUUGACGCUAAGCGCUCUCAGGCUGUGGGCAUCUUCAUCUCCAGCCUCCACUUAGACAUGAAGGACAUCAAACAUGCGGUGCUCAAGGUGGACCACUCCCUGGUGGACCUGGAGACCAUUGAAGCGCUGUAUGAAAACAGAGCCCAGCCGGAGGAGGUGCAGAGGAUCAGGAACCACUGUGAGACGGCGGACCAGGAGCACAUCAAACUGCUGGACAAACCCGAACAAUUCCUAUAUGAGUUGUCUCAGAUCCCCGACUUUGCAGGGAGAGCUCGUUGCAUCAUCUUCCAGUCGGCGUUCAAUGACACCAUUGCCUCCGUCCACCACAAGGUCGAGAUGGUGUCCUCAGCCUGCACGGCGCUGCGGGAGGGUCCCGGGGUGAGGGCGGUGGUGGCCGUGGUGCUUGCUCUGGGGAACCACAUGAACGGGGGCAGCAGGGUGCGGGGCCAGGCCGACGGCUUCGGCCUGGACAUCCUGCCCAAGCUCAAGGACGUCAAGAGCCAGGACAAGCGCAUGAGCCUGGUGGACUACGUGGUGUCCUACUACCUGCACUACGUGGACCAGGAUGCCGGCACGGACCGGAGCGUGUUCCCGCUCCCGGAGCCCCAGGACCUCUUCCUGGCCAGCCAGGUCAGGAUGGACGACCUGGACCGGGACCUGAGGAGACUGGGACGGGACCUGACAGUGUGUGAGAAAGACGUGCUCACGGUGAGCUCCACCUCCGCUGAGGAGCACCGCCAGCCCUUCAAGGACAAGAUGGAGGCCUUCCUCCUCACGGCCCGGAAAAGCCAUGAAGAGGCAUCAGACCUCUUGAUCACUUCUCAAAAACGCUUCGAGGCGGUGGUGCAGUACUUCGGCGUGAGGCCCAGGGCAGGAGAGAGCGAGGUGUCCACCGCCCACUUCUUCCUGCUCUGGUUUGAGUUCUGUGCUGACUUCAAGACCAGGUGGAAAAAGGAGAGCAAGAACGUCUCCAAGGAAAGACUAAUAGAGGCUCAACAGUCGGUAAGGAGGAUCACAGAAGACAAAAAGGUUGAGAUCAGACAGGUCAACCCCAAUAGCCUGAAAGACCGGCUACGACAGAGAGAUAGAAAGGCUUCCCACUGAGAAACAGGAGAGAAAGGAGGGAGGAUGGAAGACAAUGACUAUGGAAAGACAAAAGGUUCACAUUCACUAGUAUGAUGUGGAUUUCGACCAGUACUGGCAUUUAAUGUUUAUAUAUUUUGUUAUCUUUUUUUUAUGCUGUAAAAUACGCCAGUAGCCAAUUGCAUCUAAAACAUAUACCAAACGUAAGCUAGUCUUAAAUGUUAUCCAGAAAGUAUCUCAAUGUCUAAUUACUACAAUCCAAUAAGACCAAUGCAUUAAAACGAGGAGCCUAGUCUAUAUUAUAGGCCUAAUUAGCAAAAUAAAGUCUCAACACUGAUUUAAA